AUGCGCCGGACCAACACCACCACACCACAACAUCACCCGCCACGAACACCGUCCAGACUGUCCAUCUCGACGGCGGCAAAAUCAACAACAACAGCGACAAAGACACCUGCCGCAUUCCGACCACUGCACACCAAUGCGUCGCCGCGUGUGCCGUUGCCACCGCCCGCACGACCGCGCCGUCCAGCCUCGACAAUAGGCAUCGACGCGAAACGAGCGUCCUCGACAGUUUCGGCUGUUUCUUCGGCCUCUUCAGCAGCCUCCUCGUCCGUCGCCUCGACGGCAACCGCAUCUCCUCACAUCAGGGCAUCCUCGCGGCUUGCCACCUCCCCGUCCAAUCGGCCGCCUGCUACCAGCGCCACGCCGCGUCUCGCUCUCCGCACCCGUGACGGCAAUGCCGCGCUGUCCCAGGGACCGGCCACGCCUCGAUUCCUAAAGCCGCCUCUUCCGUCUCCUGCACCUCGGUCGACGCUCUCCACGCUCUCGGCCCUGUCGUCCUUCUCGUCGGCAUCCACACCAUCGUCUUCUCCCUCUGUCGCCAUGGGCUACGACAAAGACACGCCGCGCAAGCCCACGCUGGCCUCGCGGCCGUUCACUCGCGCUCCGCUGACGCCCAAGAUCGCUGCCUCCUCGACAUCGUCGUCCACAAGAACGCCCACCCUCAGCUCCAACAGCUCCACCACCCCCAACGCCCACACCGCCUCCUCGCCCUACCAGACUGUCACCGUGUCCACGCCACUUGCCCGACGCGUGACCGGCUUGUCCUCUGCUAGCAGCAACAGCAGCCACUUCUACAGCGGAAACAACGACGCUUCAUCACCGUCCCAUCUCAAUAAUGUGACACCGCGGUCGGGCGCACGCCAGAGCCGGGUCGACGGUGGCAGCACCACGCCGAAUGGCACGCCCGGCGGCCACGGCUAUGGAUUGGGUAUUGGUGUCGGGGGCGCCGGCCACAACGCCUCGUCGGCCGCCGACCCUGACUCCAAGUUCUUCUACGCCAGCGACGCCAAGUCCUCCAUCUCAGCGGCCCCCUCGGCUUCUGCUUCUGCUUCACACAGCACGCCCAGCCUCGCCACCAACGCGUCUGCACGCCCUGCGUCGACCUUCUUCUAUGCCAACGGCAAGUCGCUGCCGCCGGCCAACGCCCACCCACCAUCCUCGACGUCCGCCUCGACGGCGGCUUUGCCUGCGCAUGUCCCGCCGCCCAUGGCUUCGCCUGCCCUCUCCACACCUGGCGCAUCCGCGCCCAAGUUUAUCCACGCCAAUGGCGACGCUCUCGAGCGGAAGCUCUCGUCGUCGUCGUCCACACGGCGGGCACCCGCGACACCCGCCACGGCGCAGCCAACAUCUGCCGCUGCCGCACCUGGCGCGACUGGCGGUUCGGCGCGGCCCAUGUCGCCCGUCAAGAUGGCGGCUGCAUCGCCCUAUCCCUUGCAGAAAAGCCUGUCGUUCCCCGUCGUGGCACCAACGUCGUCCGCCUCAUCCUCUGUCAACGGCAGCACCAGUAACACCAGCAACGCCAACCACCGCCCGUCUGUUCCAGGAAACCUGUCUCUGAAUGGUACCGCAACUACAGCCGGCACGGCACCCCUCGUUGCCUCGCCUGGCCCCGUGUCGCCCGGCAGUGCCCGUCUGGAUGUGCUGUCUCGUCCGCGGAGCAACUUUAGCGCCAGCAUUGGCAGCAUUGGCUCCGACAACAGUGCCGGUGGCCACUCUCGUAACGGCAGUCUGACCAUGGCGGACCCGCCGACGGUUGCGCGUCUGUUGCACUCCUCCCAGCCGAGCUCGGAGGCGCCGUCACCGGCCUCGGCCCAAUUCCCCGCCUACCCUUUCCCGAGCGUAUCGAGUCCUGGCGGUACAUCCAGCCCAAAUGCCGCCGCGAGCAGCGGCCUCGCCGCCAUUCUGCAAGCCGCCGACGAUCUGGCCGAAGACGGUGCCGACGGCAGUGAGGCUGACCACCACGACGGCACGACCGGCGACGAAGAACACGACGAGCUGGGCGACAGUAACACGGGCAAAGACAGCCGCCGCAGCAGCACCAAUGUGUCUGCAUCGGGCGGCUCCGGCGCCGGCGGCCACACCAACCGCCAGGUCGACGAACUCGUCCUCACGGCGCGGCGCGAGCGCAAAGUCCAAGACUUGGAGAUCACCAAUGCGUCGCUCGAGGCCAUCAACCGCUCGCUCGAGCGCCAGCUGCGCAAGCAAAAGAACGAGCUGCGGCAGUUCCGCCGUCUGUCGCGGUCGGGUCGUUUGUCCCUGGCGCCGUCCACGGGGCCCAUGGGUAUGGGUGGUGGUGGUGGCGGCAGCCGCGUCACGUCGUCGUCCACGGUCGAGGGCCCCAUGCAAGACAUGGACCAGCUGCUGGCGGACGACUCGUUCCUCGACGAGUUUGACGAAGAGUACGGGUCGGACAUGGACGAGUCGUUGAACGAGGACGAGGAAAACGACGACAACGAAGACGACGCCUCGUCGUCGUCCUACUCGGACGGGAACACCCGCCGCCGACGCGACGAGCGGCGCCUGCAGCUCGACAUGGCGCAGCACCGCCAGCUGCUGGUGGACAGCCAGAAGAUCAACCAGAGCAUCAAGCGGUGCAUGAACUGGACGGAGGCGCUGAUCCAGGAAGGCCAAAAGGCGCUGACGUUCCAGGUGCGCGUGAGCGAGGUGCAGCUGGGCGGGCGUGUGCUGGCGGCCGACGAGGUGGAGGAGCGCGACAACAGCAGCGCACACCCGGACCCGAGCGCGCACAGCGAGCGGCUGCUCAAGGAGAGCGAACGCCUGCUGGAGGAUGGCCAUGACGUCCACGAUGGCCACGACGACCACGGCGACGUCCUUAACGAACUUGGCAAUGACCAUUUCAACGAGCGCAGCACGUCAGUUGCAGGUACCAAAGCGGACGCUGCCACGACGGCAGACAACACCGGCGCUAUGGUCUCCGACCCGGUCGACACGACGCAGAAGACGACGACGAACACGCCGGCCAUCUCCUCUGCAUCUGCAGGUUCAACCUCCACCGAUGACACCGAACCUACCAGCCGCGACGAAGCGUUUAGUCCAAUUAGCCACAAUGUACGGACCGUUCGUUUCGACACGGGCAGCGGUGUUGACGAAGCGAAGGACGAGCCCAAACCGGAGGCGCCGAUUGGCAUCGACAGCUCUUUGCUCGAUGGUGGCGCCAGUGCGCCCGCUGUGUCCCUAUCGGAAGCCAGCCAGGUCGAUGUUGUACCGAGCACGCCCUCCAAACAACCGCCAGCUGCCGCCGCCGUUGACAACACAGCGCCAGUUCUCACAAGCCCCCGUCCAGCUGCAGCCCUGAUACAAGGGGACGCCGCUUCCCUGGAGGCUCCGUCGACACCGACACCGACACCACCGGCCGCUGUGACUGCAAUCGCAACAUAA